GACCGCCCAACGAUUGCACGAGGCUCGCGAAUGGGAUGGACCGCUUUCGGUCUACGUCAGCCCCCUCAUGGUGCCAAAAGAUCAUGUUUUGGCUCGGAUUUCAUCCCAUGGCAACGCAGUGGCCAUUGCUUCCGCGAAUAUGGGGACUUGUUCUUACCUUGGUCCCGGAGCUGGUCGGUUCCCCACUGCCAACUCUGUCGUUGCUGAUAUUUGUAGAAUAGCAGACGGACAACAAGGACCGGCCUUCCCUAUUGAAGCACCGCCGCAUUUAGAGUUGGAUUUGGACUACAUUGCCAUUUUUUACAUUCGAAUUCCCUUUCAAGAUGGUUUGGGUAUCAUCAAGCGAGUGGGAGAACUGUCCGAAGACUGCGGAGUCAGCAUCCAUUCCAUACUUCAAACGCCGAUUAUGGAUCGCAUGUCGGCUGAUUUUUGCGUGACAACCGAAGAAUGCAAGGUUAGUCAAGUGGAAGAUUUGUGUGAAGCCAUUAAUCAACAGGUGGAUUUUUGUCGGGCACCGUGCGUGUACAUGCCAAUGAUGAGAGAAAUUUACUACUAUUGA